UGUUGCAUAUUAACCUAGGACCCUGGAUUCUUUUUUGUGUCUCAGGGAGAAGUCACAGAGUCUGAGUUGAGGAGCAGCUUUUCCAACUGCUUGUGUUUUGAGCUUUUUUGUGGACGAUGUGGUUUCUGCUUUAAGAUUGGUCAGAGGUAUUUCAUCACAAUGAUGGGGUCGAAUCCUGCCCUGGCAUUCUUCCUGCUGUUUUCUGCAACUCUGGCCUUCAGUUGUGAUGGUGGGAAAGUUCUGGUUUACCCAAUAGAUGGGAGUCACUGGCUUAACAUGAAAAUCCUGGUAGAGGCACUUUAUUCACGGGGUCAUGAAAUCACAGUAAUUCGAUCCUCGACAAGCUGGUACAUUUCUGAAUUUUCACCCCAUUACACUUCUAUCACCAUCCCACAGGAACAGUCUCACAACAUAGAGAGCCAAAGCUCCAUGUCCUCCUUCUUAGACAGGUCAUUAGAGAUCCGUAGGGCAAGAGGUACACUUUGGGCAUUUGUUGAAUUUUACAAGAACAUUUUCAGUUUGAUAGGGGGGACACAGAUUAGUAUUGCCCAGAUGAUCAACAGCAUCUUUGAGAAUAAAACACUAACAAAGGAGCUGAAGGAAGCUGGGUUUGAUGUUUGUCUCACCGACCCUGCAUUUCCUGGUGGAGCGCUGUUGGCACACUAUCUUAAGCUUCCCAUAGUUUUCAAUGUGCGCUGGAUUUAUAAUGGAGACGGGCACUUUGCCAUUGCUCCUUCUCCUCUUUCCUAUGUACCCCAAUUGUUCUCCCAUUACUCUGACAAGAUGGACUUUUUCCAAAGAGCCAAUAAUAUUUUCCUUCAUAGCAUACUGGUUUAUAUGCACCGGUAUGUCUCAAAUCCGCCAUACCAGGCUGUGUGUGACCGUUAUUUUGGAACAGAUGUGAGCGUCAUGUCCAUCAUGCAAGGGGCUGAUAUCUGGCUGAUGAGGGUCGACUUCACAUUUGAGUUCCCUCGUCCCACGAUGCCGAAUGUGGUCUACAUCGGAGGGUUCCAGGGUAAGCCCUCCAAGCCUCUCCAAGCUGAUUUAGAGGAGUUUGUGCAGAGCUCUGGUGAACAUGGAGUCGUCAUCAUGACUCUGGGAACCCUGUUGGGUGACCUUGGACCGGAGUUAUCGGAGAUCAUUGCUUCAGCGUUUGCCAAUUUGCCUCAAAAGGUUGUAUGGAGACACGUUGGGAAAAGACCUGCCACUUUGGGAAACAACACCAUGCUGGUUAAAUGGCUUCCUCAAAACGAUCUUCUUGGUCACCCUAAAACCAAGGUGUUCGUCACACAUGGAGGUACCAAUGGAAUUUACGAGGCCAUCUGCCACGGUGUCCCGAUUCUGGGAAUUCCACUGAUCUUUGACCAGUUCGACAACAUGGUCCGUAUGAAGGCCCACGGAGCAGCUGAGAUGGUUGAAGCAACAACCAUGGAUGUUGAGUCUCUGACAAGUGCUCUGAAGAAUAUUCUGAACCCAGAAAAACCAUACAAACAAAAUAUGCUCAAACUGUCUCAGCUUCAUCAUGACAAACCAAUCAAACCUUUAGACAAUGCUGUUUUCUGGACAGAGUACGUCAUGAGGCACAAGGGUGCCGCACAUCUGCGCACUGAGUCAUACAAAAUGCCAUGGUAUGUCUAUCACAAUCUAGAUUUGAUGGCAUUUUUUGUAGCAUGUGGUUUGCUAAUUACAACAUUCAUUUGGGGUUCCUUUAGAUGUCUCAUUGGAUGUUUAGUGAAGACAAAGAAGUCCAAAUCCAAAAAAGAAUAGAUAGCAUGAAGCAAGUUUGAGAUUUUUUACUAGAGUGAAAGACAACUCAAUUCUUAAACAAGUUGGAACGUUUAAAAUGCAAAUAAAACAAAAAGUGUUGAUUUGCAUAGAA